CGAACACGACAGACAACUCUCUUUGGCGAGGUCGAAGAUCUCUCAUCAUUUCAGGAAAUCGGCACCCACCCUUCCCCAAUCCCCAUCUCUUCGGCUUCUCCAGGGGAGCGAAGACAAGAGUUCUUGUGGGGAGCCUCCGGCGUCGGAGCCAAUCGCGCUAGCGACAACUGCCGAUCGCUAAGGAGCCAGUGCGUGACCGCCAGAGUCACCAGCAAGACGAAGUGCAUGGCGCUGCUCCGAGAACCUUCCUCACCAACUUCCAACCAAGGCAUCAUCGGAUGAGAGCAGAGCAAGAGAAAAGCUCCGGCAACACGCUGAUGUACAUACUCGGAGCACUCCCUGCACGUUGCCUCUAUCACAUGCUUUUGAUAGACACCAGAGGCUGCACCGCCGCAGUGUUGUUCCCUCUGCUUGUCCAGAGUGGCCCACCAGGAAUCGGGUUGUCUCCACCCUCUCAGGCACCGUUUCUGGGACCCCCGUUGAUUAGAGGGGCUCCAAAGUUCAUGAUUUUGGUCUUUUUCACAACUUUUCUGCUUGACAAGUUUCCCUUGUCUUUCCCAUCACGCUAAUGCCUUUGGUACGACCAUGAAAGCGCCCACCGAGAGCAUAACAUAGAGCUACCAACAACAGCCAACGGAGACAGAAGGCUUCGGAAUACCGAUUGCUUGAUAUUCAGACUUCAGUGAGCAAUUCAGUAUUCGCGCAGUGCCGCCACUCGUCCAAUGGCUGCGCUAGUUAUCACUGAUCAGCAUUGUAGUAAAAUAGUGCCUCCCAUAGCGAAAGGCGCGCUGGGCCCAGUACCUUGCUGCUGGUCAAUCUUUCCCGUUUUGUCGAUAGGCUCAAGAAGAGAGCAGAAGAUCCAAGCAACUUUCAUCGCAAGGCUUUCCCAAUUCAAUUAUGCAGAACCGCAUUCCCGCAAGACAGGCGGGAGGCACCGUCUGUUCCCAGCAUGACCAGAAUGGUUGCUCCGUCCGCUUGAGUCAUCUCCACUGACGACGAUGGCUGCUCUCGAUCAAUUCUCGUCGCUACAAACGAGGAUUAUCACCCCUUGCUGCUACCUGAUAGGAUCAGAUUCAAGACUUCUCCAUCAUCGAUGGGUCGACAAAGCCAAGGGGGAAUAAACAAGGAAAUCUCCAUUGUAAUUAAGAGUGAGAUAGGCGGCGUAUCACCUCACAUGCGGGGAUUCUCGUCUGCUCGGCUCCCCAGACUCAAAUACUAGCGGCAAGCGGGGGCAUUGCUUGGUCCAGGUCUAGUAUAAAGAACCCCAUCCACCUCCCUUCUUUUCAAAUUUGGUUCCCCUCCGCUGUCAAUUGCUGGACAACCUCCUGUGAAGCUUGGUCGGAGACUCAGAAUGCGUUUUUCAACAAUUCUCUCGGCGCUGGUGCUCUCGAGCACCGCGCUGGCGACACCAGCUCAAGUAUCCCCGUCACAGGAGGCCGUUGAAGACCAGUCUGUCGCGGUACCCACGGGAGCCGUGGCAGAGCCAACCACCACUGUCGUUGCAGAGCCGACUCAGAGCACCCGAGAUGACCAGGAGGAGGAUACCCAAGCUCCACAGCCGACAACAACGCAGCCGGCCGCCACCCCGAGCCAGGACGGUACCGACCAGCAGGACGAUGAUUCGGGCAAUGGUCUACUAGGUGGCAUCCUCUCUCCCUCGAGCUCCGACGCCCCGGAUGACGCUGCCGAUAAUACGAAUGGGCCUACCGAGUCUGCAGCUCCAACCACCACAGUGACAAAGACGGAGACUACUAAGCCGAGCACGACGUCUAGCAGCUCCAGCCAAACAUCGAGUUCAUCCGACGACAACCCACUGAUUCCUGAUGGAGUAACUGGAAACCCAUUGACUGACCUGGGAAAUCUCCUGGGCGGCGUGACUGGCCUCCUUUCACCUACAUUACUGAAGAAUAUUGAAUCGUUCUUCCAUCACUUUGCGUACCUGUUCGACGACAAGACAACCGAGCAGACCAAGGGUUUGAUUGACCUUGCGUCCGGGCUGCUGACCCAGGCCCUGAUCAAGAAACUGGAGAGUCUCGUCGAUAACGCAGUCGACCUGUUAACGCCGGAAUUUGUCGAUGAGAUCAAGAAACUCAUCAAAUCCGUCGGACCUCUCCUGACGCCUGAUCUAUUUAAGCAGAUUUCCAGCUUGUUGGAGAACGGCAACAACCUUCUGACUGCAGAGUUUGUCAAGGAGGUUAACACCUUAAUCGGAAACGCCAACCACCUCCUGACUGCGGACUUUGUCAAGGAGGUCAAUGCUUUGAUCGGAAACGCCAACACCCUGUUGACAGCUGAGUUUGUGAAGGAGAUUCGCCAGUUGAUCGAGGCUGCUGGUCCUCUCCUGACGCCCGACUUGAUCAAGGAGCUCAGCACGCUGCUCAAGAACGCCAUCAACCUGCUCAGUGCGGACUUUGUGAAGAACACCAAGGGAUUGAUCAACAAUGUGGCGCCAGUGAUUACACCUGGUCUCCUUGCUGAAGUUGGCAGUCUCUUGGGUAACGCCAACGACCUGUUGACCCCCGAGUUCGUCAACGACACUCAAGGAUUGAUCGAAUCCGCCGGUCCUCUCCUUACUCCUGGACUAUUCAAAUCGAUCAGCUCUCUUCUGGGCAACGCCAACGACUUGCUGACGGCGGACUUUGUGCAGGAUACCCGCAGUCUGAUUGGUGCUGUUUCUCCUGUCCUUACACCUGACGUUCUCAAGGAGGUUGCCGCCUUGCUGGGUAACGCCAAUGACCUCCUAACUGCAGACUUUGUGGAUGAUACCCAAGGCCUCAUUGGAGCAGUGGCGCCAGUCCUCACACCCGAACUUCUCAAGGAAGUCGGCGGAUUACUGAACAAUGCCGGCAAACUAUUGACGUCGGACUUUGUUGACGACACCAAGGGCCUACUUGGCAACGCCAACGACCUCCUUACGCCUGAAUUCGUCAAGGAUACCCGUGGCUUAAUCACCGAGCUCGGCCCGAUCUUGGGCGACGGCCUGCUUGACUCGGUGGGCAGCCUCCUGGAUAACGCCAACGAUCUCCUAACACCCAAGUUCGUCAAUGAAACCUCUGGCCUCAUCAGCGACAUCUCACCGGUCAUCACGCCCGAGCUUCUCGCCGAUGUGGGCGGUCUCCUCGGUAACGCCAACAAGCUUCUCACAACCAAGUUCGUCGAGGAAACUCAGAACCUCAUUGAGAGCGUUGGCCCGGCCAUCACGCCUAAUCUCCUCCACAAUGUGACCUUCCUGGUUGGAAACGCCACGGGUCUCUUGACGCCGAAAUUCGUCAACGAGACCAAGGAACUGAUUGAUGGAAUCGCGCCUGUUAUCACGCCCGAGUUGCUCGUACAGGUCGGUGGUCUUUUGGACCACGCCGGCGACUUGCUCACCGGCAAAUUUGUCAAUGAGACGCAGACUUUGAUUGAGGAUGCUUCGGAGUUACUUCCCGCGUUGGUGCAGAUCUUGGGUAACCUGUGAAGCGGUUUUUGAUUCCAAACUUGUGAAAGCCAUGAAUAAUGGGCAACGACUUUCAUUUACAUGUGCAUAUGAUUAAUCAUGCUUGCGACUUUAUGGACAUGUCAACUGUUUAUACGUCAUGAUAAUAAUGUUUAUAAUGGAUGUCUGAAUUCGACGUCGGGUUGAGUGUUAAGAUCGCGCGUUCCUCAAGGUAUAGCGGUGGUUGUAGAUAAAUAUAUAGCUUGGUGUAGUCAACCUUCCUGGCGCUGAAUGCCCGGUUGAUCCUCUCUUCGCGGAUACCUGCUGCUGGCUGCGAUUGAGGCGGUAUAUAUUGCUGGUAAGCGCCAAAAUAGGUUCGCCAGUCCACUUUGUUGGUCCAGUUCACUUUGUAGUGCCUCAGAUGGCGAGUAAAGUGGUGGACGACCAAAGCGGGCGUUGCGCUUCGAGUAAGGGCGCUACACGGCCCGGCAAUGAUAACUAUCCUGGUGAUUUCGAGGUAUAGUUCGCAGAAUCAACCAGCGCUUCUGCCCCUGAUACUAGAGUAGAGCGCGAUUCCUUCUCAUAAGGGUUCGACCUGUGGUUCCAAUCCGGAACCAGAGUUAUGUUCGAAAAACUCCGUAACAAUAGCAAACCACCUCGGGCCUUUAAGUUGGCAAGCCUGAAGCCUUUCCAUCCUGGUACUUCGAAAGAACCUUCAGCUCGGUAUUGCGCUCCUUGAUCUUCUUAUCCAUGGUCUUCUGCACCUCCUCGCGCUUCUUCUCCGCAUCCUCCAAUUUUUGCUUCAGCUCGCGCGCGGCCUGUUCUUGCGCCUUUAGCGCCGCUUCGUGUGUCGGAAACUCUUUGCGCAGUUCCUCAAGCUGGGCGCGUACAUCGUCGGUGUCUAGAGGAGCGCAGGUUACCGGAUUGUAGUUGUAUGUUGGAAGAGCGCUUGGGAGGCAGAUGUCUGGAAGGAGCUCGUGGAUUGGGGUUGUGCGCAUAGGCGAGUCGAGGGGAAUUGGCGUGGUUUUUGGAGACGGGGAUGGCUCAGAAGGUGGCGAGAGAGGAGGUCGGUCCAUUGUAGUCAGUUUGCCUUUUCUGGUCACUCGCGGAUCAGUUUUGAGGCAGGUUGCGGUUCGUCUCGGAGGACUCGAUGAGAGACUCGGG